GCAAUCAACGGUUGCCAAAGCGUCCGAAAAUUCAUCUCUGAAUUCGAUCCCCGCCAUUUCCCGAUCCAACCACCCUCUAUAUAAAUCUCCCAAACCCAUUUUCCCAGCACCGCAUCUUUCUCCGCGCUUGAUAGUUCGAAGCUUUGAAAUUUCAGGUAGAAAGAGAGACAAUGUCUGGCCGUGGAAAGGGAGGAAAGGGGUUGGGCAAGGGCGGCGCGAAACGCCAUCGCAAGGUCCUUCGAGAUAACAUCCAAGGGAUCACAAAGCCGGCGAUCCGGCGGUUGGCAAGGAGGGGUGGUGUGAAGAGGAUCAGUGGCCUGAUCUAUGAGGAGACAAGGGGAGUGCUGAAGAUAUUUUUGGAGAAUGUAAUUCGAGAUGCAGUGACAUACACGGAGCAUGCGAGGAGGAAGACAGUGACUGCGAUGGAUGUGGUGUAUGCACUGAAGAGGCAAGGAAGGACUUUGUAUGGUUUUGGGGGUUAGGAGGGGGAUUUUCUUGAUGAAAGUCUUGCGGUCAAGAAAUGGGAAGAUGGAUGGAUUUUGGUGGGUUUGUUUUGUUUUGGUUUUUCUUUCUUUGUUUUAGUUUCAUGUAAGUAUGGGAGAAGAAUGGAUGCAUGUGUGUUGGAUUUUAUCUCGAUGAAUACAAGUAUCCUUUUAUAUUUUGUUAUUA